CGAGCGAAACACAGAGCGAACGGUGAUGUGUGUGCUGAUUGGUGAAAAAGUGACUAGACAAAAUUUCCUCAUCUACCUACAAGACUUUGAAGCUGUCUGCUGAUUCACAAGAAAACAGAAAAAUCUGUUCACGACGCGUGAAAAUCAGCAAAAUAAAGCGAUAAAUCGUGUGUGUUGUCUGCGGUUUGCACGGACACAGCAAAGUUUCCUGAAAAACGAGCAGCCGAAGAAAAAAUCGAAUUUUGUUGCGUCGGGGGGAAAAAAAUCUGUAGGUGACUCGCACUACGUAUAUUUCGUCGUCUCAGCAAACAGGCAGAAGCAACGAAAGAAAGUACUGCGAAUAAGCAUUCAAUCGCGCAGUCGAAAACAAAAGCCUUUGUGUUUGGCUAUCUGCUCGUCGGGAGACAUCGAAGAAAAACGGCCUCAAAAGUGGAAGUUCAACAAGCAAAGAGGAAGCAGUCCGAUAUGGAGCUCACGCCGGAAGAAAUUCGAGCUAGACGUUUACGGAAGCUGGAAACAGGAAACACUAGACCAUUGCCCGUACCAGCCAACAGUGCCCCGUUGGAUGGUCAACAGCCGGAGACCCCCAGCCAGGCUGUUCCCGUGGCAUCGACUCCCACCGAGCAAGCUUCAGUUCCAAGCUCAACUGUUGAAACGAGCAACGGUGAUGGCAAACCAGCCGACAACAGUACCAGUGGGUGCGUAGAAUCUCCUACCAAGAUGGAGGAAGAUGUUCUACCACCAGUAAGCCAAACCGUUAAUCAGGUCAUCGGUAGUUUGGAAGCGCCAGCCGAUCCGGAGGAUAAAGAUCGUGAAGAGGCGGCGAGCCGCGAGGAACUGCAGCAAAUUGUGCUACGCAUUAUGAAUAUAAACGGCAAGAUCCGCUAUUCGGAUGCUCGUUUCGUCAUAAAUGCGACGGUACUGGAGAGCGCUCUGGAAGCACUGGAUGCCAAAAACUACCGCGAGUUUUGCGCGGAAGUGAUCAUAGAUGUGGUGAAGGAUUUCUACGAAGGGAAGCUGAUCGUCGGUGCCGGGGGAAGUAGCGCAACGCUUUCGGAUGGCUGGAGCAAUAUUCCGUCGAAGAAGGUCAGACCGAUCGACAUCGAUGAUGUGCUGGAGCGUAGCGGUGGUGGUAGCACGGCAAUGGAAAUCGACAAAGAGAUCGGCAUCUGUUCGUCGAAGCCCACCAUCAAGGCCUUCAGUUCCAAUCGGGUGGCGGCACUGGACUACCUGAUCAACUGUUACUGCCGGGCCAACGAUCAAGUGUACAGUUAUACCAAAAUCAAAAAGAGCAAGAAAAUGUAUCUGGUGGAAAUUCUGCCGGAAGUGGCCGCCGUCAUCCGGCAGCAAACGCUCAAGUAUGCGAUUCUGUUGACGAAAAAUCGCUUCCAGAAUUUUGCCCAAAUCGAUAAUCCUGCUAAGUUGAUACUGGAAAAAUCUCCGCUGCUUCAGUUGAUGUAUGAAAAUAAGGUUCCUUCCGACUUUCUGACCAGCCUGAUGGCCGAAGCCCGCAAGAAGGAAGACGAUUUCGAAGCCAUCUUUACCAUAGUACUUGACGAUCUGUAUGUGGAUAUGCAGAAUGCAAUUUGCAACGAAAACAUUGUCAGCGACGCGUUAAAUCGGCUGAAAGAGCUGGUAGAGAUCAAGGUGGAAAAUACGAAUCCAAUCUGCAAUCUGAUUGUGAAGCAUGUCGUUUUCCUACCAAGACUGACCCUAGACAAAUACGCUGCCAGAGAAAUUUCCAAGGUGUCCUUUUUGGCGCCUUUCCUGUCACUGUCGGUGCUACUGGACGAGAAUCCUAAAUUUGCCACGCAUCACUUUCUGGAGAAUGUUUGUGAUCGGAAUUUGGCAGCUUCGUUCCAAUCGCUACUUGGGAACACCCGAAAGGUUUUGCAUCAAAUCUUUCUCUCGUUACUGACCAACUUGGAUAGCCGUCAAGAAGUACUUAAAUAUAUUUCCGAGAUUCUAAAAACGAACCACAAACGAAUUCAGUACAACGCUGACGAUCGGUUUCUGGCAAAGGACGGUUUCAUGCUGAACUUUAUGUCGAUUCUACAGUUGCUGUCGGUUAAAAUCAACAUGUCUCGAGUUGAUCCGUUCUAUCCACAUCACCCGGAAGCCUUGAUAGACAUCGAAGAUGAAACGAAGCUUAAGCUUUCAUCGCAAGAGUACAGCGAUUGGGUGGAGAAGUUGCGGUCGGAGAAAAAAUGGGAAACUCCCAAGUUCGUGACUCACUGUUGGUUCCUGACAUUACAUGCCCAUCAUUUGGGAAUCAUACCCGCUAUUCAACGUUACAAUAAACUGCUGCGAGCUACCAAAGAACUGCAACGCAUGGUUGACGAGUUGAAUGCCAGCAAAAGCCAAUGGGAAAAUACGCCUCUCGCUCGCCGGAACAAACAGGUCCGGGAUCGCUGUGUCAAUCAGAUCAACAAACUGUCCAAAGCGAAGCUGGGUUGUGACAUCGCCGUCAUUGACCCGAACGUGUUGGGUGCCUGUAUGCAGUUCUAUUCGUCGGUUUGCGAGUACAUGCUGUAUCAGAUCGAGAACCGACCGAUCGAGGGACCGUUCGUGAACAAACAACCGCCAUCGACGUUGGUGGCCAGUGAGAAUUUUUGCUCUCUGCCCGAAUGGUACAUCGAGGAUAUUGCCGAUUUUCUGUUGUUCUGCAUGCAGCACGGCAUCGAAGUGGUCGAUUUCAUUGACAAUUCGGUGAUUACCUGGAUUCUGACGUUGGUGUGUGCACCGCACCUUAUUAAAAAUCCCUACAUCACUGCCAAGUUGAUCGAGGUACUUUUUGUAAUCUCGCCAACAUUUUUGACCUCGCUGGAGCGUCUCUAUCUGAAGAUCAUCAACCACAAGCUAGCCCAGACGGCCCUGGUAAGUGCCCUUAUGAAGUUCUAUACCGACAUCGAAACGACGGGCCAGAGCACCGAGUUCUACGAUAAGUUCACCAUCCGCUACCACAUCAGUCACCUGUUCAAGGGUCUCUGGGACAGCGUAGCCCAUCGGCAGGCGAUCGUCAAUGAGUCCAAGAGUGGCAAACAGUUUGUUAAGUUUGUGAAUUUCUUCCUGAACGAUACCACUUACUUGCUGGACGAGUGCUUAGAGUAUCUCAAACGAAUCCACGAAACGCAAGUGCUGAUGAUGGAUGAGGCAGCGUGGAAUGAGCUCGGUCAGGAAACGCAACAGAGCCGCCAACGGCAGUUGGUUCAAGACGAGCGACAGUGCCGGUCGUACUUGACGUUGGCAAGAGAAACGGUGGACAUGCUUCACUAUCUAACUAUCGAUAUCAAGGAGCCUUUCCUGCGACCAGAACUGAUCGAUCGUCUCAGUUCGAUGUUGAAUUACAACUUGCAGCAACUUUGUGGUCCCAAGUGUAACGAUCUUCGUGUGCGUAAUCCCAUGAAGUAUGGCUGGGAACCCCGAAGAUUGCUCAGUCAACUGAUAGACAUUUAUCUGCACCUGAGCUGCGAUGAGUUUGCUGCUGCCCUGGCUGCCGAUGAGCGAUCAUUCGAGCGACAUCUGUUCGAGGAUGCCGCCAACCGACUGGAACGGAUGGGUAUCCGAACUACGAUGGAAGUGGACAAGUUCCGGAAGUUGAUCAAUCAGGCCGCCGAAAUUUAUGUGCAGAACCAACAGAAUGCGGACGAAUUUGCCGAGGCACCGGACGACUUCAAGGAUCCGCUGAUGGACACUCUGAUGAUCGAUCCAGUGAUACUGCCCUCCGGAACCGUCAUGGACAGGUCUAUCAUUACGAGACAUCUGCUGAACAGCAGCACGGAUCCCUUCAAUCGACAAACGCUCACGGAGGAUAUGCUCAUACCGGCAACGGAGCUCAAGGAUCGCAUCGAACAGUGGAUCAAAGAUUACCGCGCGAAAAAGAAACAAUAAGACUUGAAGUUUUAUAUAGACAAGCAGAGCCCUUUUUUCAUAGGUAUCGAGGGAGAAAAACUCAAAAACAAAAUGAAUUUAAAUUCACGAACGGAUAUACAUAUAGGAGUAUUUAUAAAAAUAGUGCUAAGAUAGGAUUUUCACAUAAUAUUUCGUCCUUUCUAUCGCUAGCGAAAGGUUGCUGUUGCUGACUGUGUUCGUUUCUUCGUUUAGUUGUGCAUCAAUUUCGAGAGACGCGAGUACGAAGUUGCUGUCGAAUCGUGUUUGGCUGCUGAUGGAACACCUUCCAUGCUGCGUUCCAGGAUGCAACCGAAGCCCGAAAAUCUCUUAGUCGAAACAAAUCCACUGCAAUAAACAUAGAUGGGAACCAUUUUAUCUCUAUAGUUUUUUUAAAUAUUAGUUCAAGUGGUUCAUUUUUUUUUGCUGCUGAUUACAAUAGGAACAAAAGCAAGUUCAUGGGAGUGAAUUGAUGAGUAUGCUCCGUUUCAGAGAAGUGUAGCGUGCAAGCAAGCAGUACUCAAUAAAAAUUAAUAAUACAA